AUGGAACAGAACGUCAACGUUCUCUUGAGACCGGCAGCCGCACAAAGUACCCGUCUCGGCGACCCCGUCGAGGACUUUGCACGGCUUCUUUGCGCGCCAGGAUCGCCGAGGGGGGGAACUUGGUAUUUACUAUUUACAACGGUACACGUUCCAAUCAAGUCCGGCCCUGACAACCCCGUCUUCCUGAUUACCCAGAGUCCCAAUAUCAUGGUCAAGCAGGACGCCAAACUCGUCCCGACGCCACAUCUUAUCCGGGUCCCGGGUGCCGACUACGUUGGCCAACCCCAGGGGCUUGCUUAG